AUGAACCCACUACGCUACUUGGCGCCGCCGCGCCCAUUCACGGAAAUUUCCACCUCCACAAGCAAAGAAAUCAAGGAAAGGAUCAGCUAUGUGGACUCCAUGAAAGCGAACCCUCACUUCAACAUCUCCGAAGAAAGAGAAGACGCUCUAUUGGACUACCUGGAAGCCUGCGCCAGUUUGACCGAAGGCCCUGCCAGCAAAGAAGAGCGCGAGGCCGCCUAUGCUUGCAUCAGGGGGUAUGAGAAAUCGCUGGAGAACAACGAGCCAGCCCGGCUGUCGUUUGAUCUCGCAACCAAGACCAAACUCGGCGAAGAGCUCGAUAACCUGUGGAAUAUGUGGACCUUCAAUCGAUAUGAAAACUACCUUCCUGAGGACAUCAUCAAGGAGGCUCAGCACCACCCUUCAUCUCAAGUGUCUGAUCCCUGGCACAGGGAAUUCUGGAGACCUUUCAACGGACGUCUUGAAGCGGAGAAAGCCGCCUUCGACAAGGUCUUGGUGGGCCAAAAUCAUCACAACGAGUGCCCGACUUUCCUUUUGCUGGCGCUCCUGUGUGAACGCCACACGCUUGAUUGGGAUGAGACCCUUGAAUUGAUCAAGGCUUGCGCAAGGGACGGCGAUAAGCUCGAGCUCCCCGCGGUGGAUCUUGUUGAGUUCCUCAAGAAGCGUGAUGUCACCGGUCUGGCGACGAGAUUGGACCGUGACGAGGCCAGUAUCUCGCUUUCCACGGAGUAUGUCAUGGGGGUUGGGUCGUUGGUCCUGGCUUUCUUCGCUUCUCAUCUCCCGGAAUUUUUGUUUGAUAGAGAUGAGGUUGACCCGGCGGAUUGGACACCGAAGGAGCCCUUGAAGGUCCUGCUCGAUCUCGACGAGGCACACGAGCAGGCUUUCCGGUUCAUGAUGCAGGAGAUGUUCAAUAAGAUGGCCGAUGGCGACUCCGAUGAGGACGGUGACGAUGUUUACGAUGAUUGGGACAAUGACGAUGAUGACGAUGACGACGACAUUGUCAUGAGUGAUGAGUCUGAAGACUAUUAG